UCCAGGUGCGCGGCCUGAUUUGAGUCACGCGCUCUUUCCUCCUGCGCAUACGCGAAGCACGCACUGCUGCUGGUAUGGCAAAUUCAGUCGUCGAUUCCUUCAACUUCAAAACAGCCGCCCGUAUGCGGUAGAAAAUUAAAGAAAACUCGUGAACUGACUACAAUUUUCCGAUGACAGCUCGUGAAACGUAACAGCGUAGAUUUAUUUGAGCUGCAGAGUGUGAAACGUCGUCGUCAGAAUCUACUUUUACUGAUUUAUCUGAAGGAAAAAAGCAAAGCCGUCAGCUGAUGGAGCUUCUGCUUCAACCUCUGUGUUUUCGUUUUUAAUUGAGUCGUUUUUUUAGUGUUUCCUCGACUUCUUAAGGUUGAAUAUGUUAGGAUUUUGUGCCCAAAGACUUUACCUUCGAACGUCGGCCUCAUUAUUCAGAGAAUGUGCAAAGAAACUAACGUCAUACCAUGUGAAAAACAAGGUUAUGUGUUUUCGAAGAAAUUCUGAAACCAGCCUCUGGUGUGGGUUUCUCAAGCCACAGCAUUCUGCAUUGUAUAGUCAAAAUGCUCCUGCUGUCAGUAUGGACGAGCCAUGCAUGAAGAAAUAUUUAUCAGGCCUCAUUGACGCAAGUAAAACUAAGGGUUGGAAAAGGCCGAAUUAUUGGUAUACACUUCUCGAUCUGCUAGCUCAGAGAGAAUCUGUCCUAACAAAUAUUAGCUCUUUGAAUGAACUUGAACAAGGGGAAACAAGUGACAAAGAAUUGAGGAAACUAGCUGAAGAAGAGCUUUCUUCAUAUUAUAAUGAAUUAGCUGAAUUGGAUGAUGAAAUAUUAAGGACCAUCUUACCCAGAAGCACACAUGAGAAUUACACAGAUAUUAUGAUGGAAAUCUCAUCUGGCGCUGGAGGGCAAGAGGCCAUGCUAUUUGCUAAUGAACUACUACGACUCUAUGAAAAUUAUGCUGCUUCACAAGGCUGGACUUUUUUUAUAGAAUCGUUAGAUAAAUCAGACAUAGGAGGAAUAAAGAGUGCAUCCAUUUUCAUACAGGGCGAAGGGGCAUAUUAUUACUUGCAGAAUGAAAUUGGUGUUCAUAGAGUACAACGCGUCCCAGUUACAUCCACUGCGGGAAUGAUCCACACAAGCACGGCAGCAGUCAUUAUAAUGCCUCAACCGUCUGACGUUGAUAUUAAACUGGAGGACAAAGACCUGGUCAUUGAAACCAUGAAAGCCUCUGGACCUGGAGGACAAAAUGUGAACAAAACAGAAUCAGCCAUACGUGUGAGACACUUGCCCUCUGGUCUUGUAGUAGAGUGUCAAGAACAGCAAUCACAACAUAGAAACAGAGAACUUGCUUUGAAGAAGUUACGAACUAAACUUUACGAUAUUCAGAUUCAGAAGCAAAAUCAAGAAAUAAAGACAACACGUGUAUCACAGCUAAGAAACCGUGAACGUUCAGCUAAAAUUAGGACCUACAACUUUCCACAAAACCGUAUCACAGAUCAUAGAGCUCACAUUACUGUUCACAAUGUGAAAGAGUUUAUGCAAGGCGGGGAUUCAUUUCAAAAAUUUGUGGACAGCCUGAUUGAAGAAAACGAGAAGCAAUUAGUUUUACAGUUUAUCCAAGAUCUGAGAGAAAACUAAGAGUUGUAAAAAUCAGUUGCUUUAAACAAGUGGCAACACUUCAUGAUAAAUGAAUUAAACUGAUGUUCAUGUUCACCAGUCCAUAAUUU